CUUCCUCGGCGGUAUAAAACAGGUGGCCAGUGCAGCUCCUACUGCUCUCUGCUCCUCUGUGUGUCCACCACGGGAUUUCCACUGACCAGGAACUUUACUGCAACUCUGCCACCAUGCCCAAGUGCCCCAAGUGCAACAAGGAAGUGUACUUUGCGGAGAGAGUGUCAUCUCUAGGUAAGGACUGGCACAGACCCUGCCUGAAGUGUGAGAAAUGCAACAAGACCCUGUCCGCUGGCUCCCACGCAGAGCAUGAUGGAAAGCCAUACUGUAACAACCCUUGCUACUCCGCGCUCUUUGGGCCCAAAGGGUUUGGACGUGGAGGCACUGAGAGUCACACAUUCAAUUAGUUCCUGACAUAGAUUCCUUCCAUGUAGAAACCAGCGUUUGCCGGGGACCGUAAGAUGUAGGACACCGUUCAACUGCAUUUUAUCUAUAUAUUGCUAAACCAAAGGAAACAUUAAACCAUGGCCUUUUUUUGACCAUACCAGUUUGUAUUAUAACCACUGAAGGCUGGUUUCCUAGACCUAGAUUAAGUCUAAGCUUAGUCUCAAAAUGAGUCCAGGACUAGCCUUGAUCCAUGCCCAGGAAGCCAGCCGUGUAGGUUUUAUUUUGGAGAAUGUACUGUAGUUUGCUAUAGCACCAAGGAAUGAUGAUCUGACCAGUAAUUUUGAAGCACUAUUCAAUUUUUUUCUAAUUAAACAUUCUGUUGUACAUUUGAA